CUCGGACCACAGAUAAUAAAAUAAUCUAUGGCUCGGACCACGGUUUAAGAUAGUACUAUCUAUAUAUGUAUAUGGCUCGGACUCACAUAUAUAUAAACAUGCUCGGAAUAAUAUACCGCCAAUUUUUAUCACCAAACAUUGUACAAUAAUCCGAUCAAAAUAACGAAAAUAAUAAAUUUUUCUAUAUUUAAAUAAUGUGUUAUAUUCGUAUACUAUAUUAUCUACUAGUGUUUUUUAAAAGCACAUUGGCUGAAUUAUUCUUCCAGGCACCUUGUCUCAUUUCGGGAAAAGUACCACAAUAUUCCAUCUAUACGUUUUUGGUUUAAUGCUUUAACUAUAUAUUAUUCAGUGAAUUUAUAGUUUGUACUUGAGUUAUGAGUUUAUUUAGAAGUCUCCAAAUGUGGUCCGAAAACGUUCAGUAUUAAUAAAAUAUACAAUAAAUUAUUCAACUUGGAUAUUUGUUUUAAUUUACCCAUUAAUUAUGAAUUCAAAAUAUAAACUAAGUCAAAAGUUAAGUCAGACAGAUUCACAGUAUAAUAAUGAAGAUUGGUAUAAUGGAAGUAUUAAGUCAAUCACUCUGGAAAAUUUUAUGUGCCAUUCAAAUUUUCAUUUAUCAUUGAAUCCUCGAAUUAAUUUUAUAUCUGGUUUGAACGGUAGUGGAAAGAGUGCUAUCCAAACUGCUAUUGUUGUAGGGUUUGGUGCUAGAGCAAGCAUCACCAACCGUGCUACUUCAUUAAAGUCUCUUAUCAAAUAUGGACAAACAUCAGCUGCUGUAUCAAUAACCUUAGCAAAUAGUGGAGACGGAAAUAGUGACUGUGGGCCUUACAGACCUGAAGUGUAUGGCAAGCAAAUUACUAUAGUGAGACAAAUUACAGAAUCAUCUACUACCUAUAAAUUUUUAAAUGAAAAUAAUAGGGUUGUUAAAGGCUUUAAAGAUGAAUUAAAAAAUUUGACACUUCAUUUUAAUAUAUUAGUGGAUAAUCCAAUAUGUGUUAUGAAUCAAGCAAUGGUUAAAACAUUUCAUAAAAGUGCAAAUCCAAGUGCUAAGUAUGAUCUUUUCUAUAAAGCUAUAUCUGCAAAUGUAUAUAAUGAAAAUAUUAAUGAAACAAAAUCAAUUGCAAAAGAGUACUGGGAAAAACUUGAAAAUGUUAAAAGUGUUUUAGAUCAAUGUUUCAAAGAAGUAAGUGAUUAUGAAACUUAUGAAAAAAAAUGUAAACAGUUAGAAACAUUGAAAAAUUGUAAAAUUCAAUUUGAAAAUGAGUAUGCUUGGCAUUUUGUUAAUGAACAUGAAGCAACUUACGGAAGAUAUUUAAACGAAAUAGAAUCUCUUAAAAGUAAUAUGUCUGAGAAUAUAGAACAAACAAAUAUUUUGGAGCAGAAUAUUAAAUCAAUUUCAGAGGUCUUGGGGGAAAAAAAAAAAGAAUUGGCAAAUGUUGAAAAUUGUCGCUCAAACAAUCAUAUGGUUUUCAUGCAGACAAAAAAAGAAUUGCAGGAAAAAAUGAAUGAGUUAGAUUCAGUGAACCUUUCUAUUAGAAAAUAUGAUUCUGCUUUAAAAUUAUUAAUCAGUGAUAGGAAAGAUUUAGAAAAACACAUUGAGGUUGAACAACAAAAAGGCAAUACUAAUACUUUAGCGCAAUAUAAAGAAAUGUUGGCACACUAUGAGCAAAGUUGUUCUGAAGUAGAGGCGGCAUGGAAAACAAAUAUGGAGCAUGAACGAACUCUACGAAAUACAGUUGAUGAGUUAAAACAGAGGAUUGGAAAUUUAAAGAACAAUGAGGUUACUCCCUUACAAAGAAAAAUCGGUGAAAUUAAUAGAAAUAUCAGCAGUAUGUCUCGACAAGAAGACAGAAUCAAUUUUUAUGGGAACUGGAUGCCACAAUUAGUUAAAGCUAUUGAAGUCGCUUUUAAGCAAAACAAAUUUAUAAAAAAACCAAUAGGUCCUAUUGGAGCAUACAUUAAAGUAAACAAUGACAAAUGGAUAUUUGCAAUCGAAAAUUACUUAGGUCGUGGGACUUUAAGAACAUUUUUAGUUGAUAACUUUACAGAUAACAAAGUACUUCAAUCAAUAAUGGAUAAAAUAAUUACGGGAAAUAUAAGAAAACCCACUGUUAUUACAAGCAAAUUUUUUGACAAAGUUCAUAACAUUACUGCUACAGAAACUCAAAAUAAUUUUUUUCGUAUGUUAAACUUCACUAGUCCUAUAGUAGCUAAUUCUCUGAUUGAUAACAACCGUAUUGAGACAAUAAUGCUUGUAGAUGACACAGCAGAAGCUAUGCCUAUGAUGGAAAAUAUGUCCCAAGUUCCUAGAAAUUGUAAUUUCAGUUUAACUUUAGAUGGAACUCAAGUUUAUCCAAGUCCUUCAUAUAGAGUGUAUUCUUUACAAAGUGCAACUGAACCAGUUCUCUUGCAAAGUGAUGUUUCGGUUGCUGUUAAUAACUUGAAACGUGAGAAAAAAGAGUUAGAAGUAAAAAUUAAUAAUCUAAACAGAGAAUUUGAAAAUUUUGAACGGUCAAAGGUAGAAAAGCAACAACACUUUGAUAAGACUCAAUCAGAGUCACGAUUACUUAAGGCCAAGUAUGAUGAAUACUUAAAAAAAAUAAAUGAACUUAAAACUAAAUGUGAAGAAGAACAAGAUGACAGAAUGGCAACUCUUACUGAAGAAAUUAAUGAUGUUAAUUUAAAAAUAGCUAAAGCCAAAGAAAUAAUAGAUAAUGCCAUGAAACCAAUUCCAAUGUUUGAAAAAGAAAUUGAUUUAAUAAAUGAGAGACUGCAAGAAGUAAAAUCUAUUAUUGAAAAGACUGAUCGUUCUGCAUUAUUGGAAGAAAUUGAACGCCUCCAAGCUAAAAUAAAUAAAUAUAAAACAAAAAUGUUGCAAAUUAAUAAUAAUUCAACUGAGCAAAAACAAUUAUUAAAGGAUUUAGUUAAGAAAACUGAAAAUGAAAAAAAAAAAUUUGAAAAUGAAAAGAAAACAGCAGAAAAAUUAUGUGAACAAAUGCAGGUAACACGUAAUGAAGAGGAUAUAAGGAGAGAUAUAGAAGAAACCAUUCAUAAAUAUAAGUUAUUAGAAAUGGAGUUGAACAAGAGAGGUGAAACCACCCAUCUAGCCUUGAGAGAUGAGUAUAAAAAGAAAAAAGAAGAAUAUAUUCUUCAGAGUGCUUUAUAUAAACAAAUUGUAGAGAUUUAUAAAGCCAACAAGAAAUCUGUUGAACUUAGUACAGAAGCACUUCAAAACUACAUUGAGUAUGUUCGGCUGAAAGUAAUUGAAUCUUUUGAUUUGGUGCUGAUGUUACGCAAAAUUAAAGGCAACCUCGAAAUUAAUCAACAUGAACAAAGUAUGGAGAUUUCAAUGUUUGAUAGCAUAAGUACUUCAUGUGCCUCCGGUGGUGAACGGACAUUUGCUACAGUAGCUUUGAUUUUAGCAUUGUGGAGCAACAUGCAAUUACCAUUUUACUCCAUUGAUGAAUAUGAUGUAUACAUGGAUAAUGUUAAUCGAUUAGCCACUACUCAGCUGCUGAUGAUGGCUAUAGAAAAUCGUAAAAACCAAUUCAUAUUUCUCACUCCACAAGACAUAUCUCAUAUAAAAAGUGCUGAUAAUAUUAAGAUAGUUAAAUUAAAAGAACCUAGAUCUUAAAAGUUAUUUAUUUUUAGUUAUUACUGUUCUAAUAGG